AUGGGGUGCACCACCAGCGCGGUGGUGUUUGAUGGGCUGCGUACGGUGUUAGAGAGGAACUGUAGCGACUACAUCUGUAAGGGAGGGGAGCCCAUCGGGCCGUCUGAGGCUGAGAGGGCGCUGAGCCGGAGAGAGUCCAGAGCUUUCCCAACACCCAGAGUACUCAAGGUGAAGCCAAAGGUGAUUGAGCCGCUGGAAUAUGAAAAUGUGUUGGUGCAGAGGAAGACACAGAUCCUCAGUGAUGUCCUCCGGGACAUGCUACAGUUCCCCCUGGAGGACUUUGAGAUUUCAAUUUUGAGGCGCCAAGGGAGAACCCUCUACCCUACGCUGCCGGAAAAUGCAGAGCGGGAGGCCCAGAGUGUGUUCGUCCAAGAGUGCAUCAAGACCUACAAAUCUGACUGGCAUGCUGUCAACUACAAGUAUGAGGACUUUUCUGGAGACUUUCGUCAGCUUCCAAACAAAGUGUCCAGGCCUGACAAACUGGCUGUCCAUGUCUUUGAGGUAGAUGAAGAUGUCGACAAAGAUGAGGAUACGGCCUCCCUAGGAUCCCAGAAAGGCGGGUUUUCCAAACAUGGCUGGCUGUACAAAGGAAACAUGAACAGUGCCAUCAGCGUCACCAUGAGGUCAUUCAAGAGGAGGUAUUUCCAUCUUACUCAGCUCGGGGACGGCUCUUAUAAUUUAAACUUCUACAAAGAUGAGAAGAUCUCCAAAGAGCCCAAAGGAACCAUCUUCUUGGACUCCUGUAUGGGUGUGGUUCAGAACACCAAGGUUCGACGGUUUGCUUUCGAGCUGAAGAUGCAGGAUAAGAGCACCUACCUGCUGGCCUCGGAAAGCGAGGCAGAGAUGGAGGACUGGAUCAACCUGCUCAACAAGAUCCUGCACAGCAGCUUUGAGAUCGCCAUGGCGGAGAAGAGGAAUGGAGACAUUCAUGAUGAUGAUGAUCUUGGAAAGUCCGAUAGCUCCUCUGGCAGCAUGGACAGCUUUCAGAGUGCAAGAGAUAUCGAGUCCAGGAUGAGGAACGAGACCAGAUUGAAGCUGUUCACCCUGGACCCCGACACACAGAAACUAGAUUUCUCAGGGAUAGAGCCGGAUGUGAAGCAGUUUGAGGAGAAGUUUGGAAAGCGUGUGCUGGUGAACUGCAAUGACCUCUCAUUCAACCUGCAAAGCUGUGUGGCCGAGAACGAGGAGGGACCCACCACCAACGUGGAGCCAUUUUAUGUCACCCUGUCACUGUUUGACAUCCAGAACGGCAGGAAGAUCUCCUCGGACUUCCACGUGGACUUAAACCAUCCGUCUGUACGAGGCAUGCUGCCCAGUAACACCAGUCAGUAUAUGAACGGGGGAGGGGACACCCACCCUGAAGGGCAACGGUUAGUCUAUGGGGUGCCAGAGGCAGCGAUGCAGUAUCCGAGACAGGGUGUAUUCUCAGUAACGUGCCCCCACCCAGAUAUCUUCCUGGUGGCUCGCAUAGAGAAGGUGCUGCAGGGAGGAAUAAACCACUGUGCCGAGCCGUACACCAAGAGUUCAGACUCCACCAAGGUGGCACAGAAGGUCCUGAAAAAUGCAAAGCUGGCAUGUUGCCGGCUGGGCCAGUACAGGAUGCCUUUUGCCUGGGCAGCAAGGACUUUGUUCAAAGAUGCUUCAGGGACAUUGGACAAAAGUGCUCGUUUCUCCCCUCUCUACAGACAGGACAGCAACAAGCUCUCCAAUGACGAUGUGCUCAAACUGCUGGCUGAUUUCAGAAAGCCAGAGAAAAUGGCCAAGCUGCCUGUAAUCCUCGGAAACCUUGAUGUUACUAUUGACAAUGUAGCCCCCGACCUGACAAAUUGUGUUACCUCAUCCUACAUUCCUGUGAAGCAGUUUGAUGUCAGCCAGAAGACCAACAUCUUCUUUGAAGUGGAGGAGUUUGUGCCGUGCUUAGCCAAAUGUUCUCAGCCUUUCACCAUCUACAACAAUCACCUCUAUGUGUACCCGAGGCACUUGAAGUAUGACAGCCAAAAGUCAUUUGCAAAGGCUAGAAACGUAGCUGUCUGCAUUGAGUUCAAGGACUCAGAUGAGGAGGAGGCUGUUUCACUAAAGUGCAUCUAUGGCCGACCUGGAGGACCCUUGUUUACCAAAAAUGCCUUCGCAUCAGUAUUGCAUCACCAGCAUAACCCUGAGUUCUAUGAUGAGUUUAAGAUUGAGCUGCCAACCCAGCUCCACGAAAAACACCAUCUGCUCUUCACCUUCUACCACGUCAGCUGUGAAAGCAACAACAAGGCCAGCACCAAAAAGAGAGACCUGGUUGAGACUCAAGUGGGAUACGCCUGGCUCCCCCUGCUGAAAGAUGGCCGGGUGACCAUGAAUGAGAGUCAGAUCCCUGUGGCUGCCAACCUGCCUGCUGGAUACCUCGGCUGUCAGGAGGGGGCCAGCAAGCAUUCAGGACCUGAGGUCAAAUGGGUGGAUGGAGGCAAGCCUUUAUUUAAGGUUGCCACUCACCUCGUGUCCACUGUCUACACUCAGGAUCAACAUUUGCACAAUUUCUUUGAUCACUGUCAGAGCACUGAAGCUGCGCCCCAGGGAGGAGAAUUGGUCAAAUACCUGAAGAGCCUGCAUGCCAUGGAGAGCCAUGUGAUGAUUAAGUUCCUACCCACCACCCUGAAUCAGCUCUUCAGGGUGCUAACCAGUGCCACCCAGGAGGAUGUAGCAGUCAAUGUAACCAGAGUCAUGAUUCACAUUGUAGCCCAGUGCCACGAGGAGGGGUUGGAGCACUACCUGAGGUCAUAUGUAAAGUUUGUAUUUAAGUCUGAGCCACAAACAUCCUCCUCCAACCGAUUAGUGCACGAGGAGUUGGCUAAAGCCAUGACUGCUAUCUUGAAGCCUUCCACUGACUUCCUCACGAGUAACAAACUCCUCAAGUACUCCUGGUAUUUCUUUGAAGCCUUAGUGAAGUCCAUGGCUCAGUACUUGAUAGAGAGCUGUAAAGUGAAGCUGUCCAGGAAUCAGCGCUUCUCAGCAGCCUUCCAUCACACUGUGGAGACUCUGGUCAACAUGAUGAUGCCACACAUCACUCAGAAAUACAAAGACAACCUCGAUGCUGCCAGGAACGCUAACCACAGUCUGGCGGUCUUCAUCAAGCGCUGUUUCAACCUGAUGGACAGAGGCUUUGUGUUCAAGCAGAUCAACCACUAUUUCAACUGUUUUAUGCCUGGAGACCCAAAGACGCUGUUUGAGUUCAGGUUUGAGUUUCUGCGAGUGGUGUGCAACCACGAGCACUACGUCCCCUUAAACCUGCCCAUGCCUUUUGGAAAGGGAAGGAUAAUGAGAUUUCAAGACCUCCAGAUGGAUUACUCGCUGACAGAUGACUUCUGUAAGAACCACUUCCUGGUCGGGCUGCUGCUCAGGGAGGUCAGUACAGCUCUGCAGGAGUUCAGGGAGAUCCGUCAGAUAGCCAUCCAUGUGCUGAAGAACCUGAUGAUGAAACACACAUUUGAUGAGCGCUACUGCUCCAAGAGCCAGCAGGCCAGGUUGGCCACCCUGUACUUUCCCUUGUUUGGUCUGCUCCAGGAGAACGUCAACAGGCUGAAUGUGAAGGAAGUAUCUCCAUUCACCGUCAACCACUCCAACAAUAAUGGAAAGGAUGAUUCUCUUCUUACCAACAUCUUGAUGACACCUCCCAGAUCUAGCACCUUUCUGGACACCAGCUUGCACAAAGAUGUUUUUGGAGUCAUCUCUGGCACAUCUUCACCUCACACAUCGUCGACGCCCAACAUUAACUCUGUUCGCCACGCAGACUCUCGUGGCUCACUCAUCAGCACUGACUCUGGAAACAGCCUACAUGAGAAGCACAAUGACAAGAGCAACUCCCUGGACAAGAACCAGGCUGCUUCAAACCUGGGCAGUUCCCUGCUGCGAUGUGAUAAACUGGACCAGGCAGAGAUCAAGAGCCUCCUCAUGUGCUUCUUACAUGUGCUCAAAAGCAUGUCUGAAGAUGCUCUGUUCACAUACUGGAACAAGGCUUCACCUGCUGAGUUAAUGGACUUCUUCACUCUAGUCGAAGUGUGCCUCCAUCAGUUCAAAUACAUGGGGAAGAGAUACAUUGCAAGGAACCAGGAUGGGGCAGGACCCGUAGCACAUGAGCGGAAGUCUCAGACUCUGCCUGUGUCCCGUAACAGGGCGGGAAUGAUGCAUGCCCGCUUACAGCAGCUCAGCAGCCUGGAUAACGCAAACACUUUUAACCACACCUACAGUCACUCGGAUGCAGACGUGUUGAAUCAGUCUCUGCUGGAGGCUAACAUCGCUACUGAAGUGUGUCUGACUGUCCUGGACACGCUAAGCAUCUUCAUCAUGGGAUUCAAAACCCAGCUGUGCUCAGACCACGGCCACAGUCCACUGAUGAAGAAGGUGUUUGAAGUCCACCUCUGUUUCCUCCGGAUCAAUCAGUCAGAGACAGCCCUCAAGCAGGUCUUCACUUCACUGCGCACCUUCAUCUACAAGUUUCCCUGCACUUUUUUUGAGGGGCGCGCUGACAUGUGUGCUGCUUUCUGCUGUGAGAUCUUGAAGUGUUGUAACUCCAAGCUGAGCUCCAUUCGCAGUGACGCAGCCCAUCUGCUCUACUUCCUCAUGAAGAGCAACUUUGAUUACACAGGGCGCAAGUCUUUUGUCCGGACGCACUUACAGGUGGUGAUUGCUGUCAGUCAGUUGAUAGCUGAUGUGAUUGGUAUCGGCAGUACUCGCUUCCAGCAGUCUCUGUCGAUAAUCAACAACUGUGCGAACAGUGACAAAACUAUAAAGAACACAGCUUUCCCAUCAGAUGUGAAGGAUCUGACCAAACGCAUCAGAACGGUUCUGAUGGCCACGGCUCAGAUGAAGGAGCACGAGAGGGAUCCAGAGAUGCUGGUGGACCUGCAGUACAGCCUCGCCAAGUCUUACGCCAGCACGCCUGAACUACGCAAGACCUGGCUGGACAGCAUGGCCCGAAUCCACGUGAAGAACGGAGACAUGUCAGAGGCGGCCAUGUGCUAUGUGCACGUUGCAGCACUUGUGGCAGAAUAUCUUCGGAGAAAAGGCAUGUUCAAACAGGGCUGCUCAGCUUUUAGAGUGGUGACUCCAAACAUUGAUGAAGAAGCAGCAAUGAUGGAGGACGUCGGCAUGCAGGACGUCCAUUUCAAUGAAGAUGUCCUAAUGGAGCUUUUGGAGGAGUGUGCAGAUGGACUGUGGAAGGCUGAGCGUUACGAGCUCAUCUCUGACAUCUACAAGCUCAUUAUACCCAUUUAUGAGAAGCGCAGGGACUUUGAGAAACUGGCCCACCUGUAUGACACGCUGCAUCGUGCAUACAGCAAAGUGACAGAGGUGAUGCACACAGGAAAGAGAUUGCUGGGCACCUACUUCAGAGUGGCUUUCUUCGGCCAGCAGUACCACUUUACAAACACAGAGGCUAAGGGCUUCUUUGAAGAUGAAGAUGGUAAGGAGUACAUCUACAAAGAACCUAAAUUCACUCCUCUGUCAGAGGUAUCUCAGCGGCUCCUUAAGCUGUACUCUGACAAGUUUGGACAGGAGAACGUGAAGAUGAUCCAGGACUCUGGCAGGAUUAACCCCAAAGACCUGGACUCCAAGUAUGCAUACAUCCAAGUGACACAUGUGACCCCUUACCUGGAGGAGAAGGAGGAAGUAGACAGGAAGACAGACUUCGAGAAGAGCCACAACAUCCGCCGCUUUGUGUUUGAGAUGCCUUUCACCAUAUCAGGCAAAAAGCAAGGCGGGGUGGAGGAGCAGUGCAAACGCAGGACGAUACUAACCACCACGCAUUGUUUCCCGUACGUAAAGAAACGUAUCGCAGUGAUGUAUCAACACCACACUGAUCUAAGUCCCAUCGAGGUGGCCAUCGAUGAGAUGAGCAAGAAGGUGGGCGAGAUCAAACAGCUGUGUUCCUCCAGUGACGUGGACAUGAUCCGUCUGCAGCUCAAACUGCAGGGCAGCAUCAGCGUGCAGGUUAACGCAGGGCCGCUUGCAUAUGCACGAGCUUUCCUGGACGAUGCAUGCGCCAAGAAGAAUCCAGAUAACAAGGUCAAACAGCUGAAAGAGCUCUUCAGGCACUUUGUGGAAGCCUGUGGCCACGGCUUAGGUAUUAAUGAGCGUCUGAUCAAAGAGGACCAACAGGAGUAUCACGAUGAGAUGAAAGCAAACUAUAGAGACCUGGCCAGAGAGCUGUCAAUCAUCAUGCAUGAACAAAUCAGUCCUGUGGAAGAUGGCAUGAAGAGCGUUCUUCCAGACUCUCUUCACAUCUUUAACGCCAUCAGCCGCACGCCAACCAGUGCCACCAUCCACGGCAUCCCCAGCUCUUCCUCUGUGGUAUGAUGCUGGUUGAGCCUUGAACUCAGCGCCCGCUAUACUCGCCAACCAGGCCUGCUGGUGAUGCCAUAUUGUCGCUUCUGACCCUGAUCCUGCUUCUCUUCAGUCAGCUGAAGAGAAACUGUAAAAGGCACAGACCACUGACCACCUUCCUCGAGAACCAUGACCAAGGCACUGGACCUACUUUAUGUAUUCAUAUAUCCACGGCUGGUCACUGUGUUGGAGGUCUGUGACAGUACUGAGGUGAAGCCUGAGGGGCUUGCAGGACAGACUUUGUUCCUGUUUUAUGGACAGACAUAUUGUGUCACCUAUUUCUACCUGAAAAGACUGUGCCGUGUUUCCAAGGAGACAUUCCGGUUGGGACCUUUAACAUGCAUGUCUUUACAUUACACCCACCACCCUCCCAACAGUCCAUGUUAUGUUUAUUUUGAUAAUGUUUCACAUGUGUUUUUUGUAUGUACAGUAUUCCACUUUUAUAUACCACUGUAUGAUGACAGUAUAUGCUGCGUCAUCACUCCUCUCCUUGUACAUGAAGUUAUAUUUCUACUAAAAGGGCCUCCUAUGACACGUGUUAGCGUUCAACCUUAAAUCACUUCAAUGUCUUAGAACGGGGCAUUUUUAAAUAUUUAAAGCCAUUGCAAACAAAAUAGUAUAUUCCACAAUGUUUAUUAAUGUAUAUAAAAAAGGAGUGUGUGCAAUAUUUGUAUCUUGCUGUGUGGGGCUCAUACACUGUAAAGAUGAUGUUCACCUUCUUGCCAAAGCGAUGAGGUGUGGAUACAACACUACGCCUACUGUGGAAGUAAUAAGAAGCUUUUACCAUUUUAGUGUUUAUUGAAAUGUUCAAGAAAUUGUUUUAUAUUUGGACAGCAAUGGGUUUUUUAAUUUUAUUUAACACAAAGUCACUGUUCUGCUGUAAACAGAGAUGUACCCUAAUGCUUUUCUUUUAAAUAAAACACACUCAUCUCUCUGCA